AAUCCGCUCUUUGUUCUUAUUGUUUUCCCGGUGUUUUGAAUCCUUAAAAUGCCUGAACCAGCGAAGUCUGCUCCAGCUCCUAAAAAGGGGUCCAAGAAGGCGGUGACCAAGGCGCAGAAGAAGGAUGGCAAGAAGCGCAAGCGCAGCCGCAAAGAAAGCUACUCCGUCUACGUGUACAAGGUGCUGAAGCAGGUCCACCCGGACACCGGCAUUUCGUCCAAAGCCAUGGGUAUCAUGAAUUCGUUCGUCAACGACAUCUUCGAGCGCAUCGCCGGCGAGGCGUCUCGCCUGGCGCAUUACAACAAGCGCUCUACCAUCACGUCCAGGGAGAUCCAGACGGCCGUGCGCCUACUGCUGCCCGGGGAGCUGGCCAAGCACGCUGUGUCCGAGGGCACCAAGGCUGUCACCAAGUACACCAGCUCCAAGUAAACCUGUCAAGAGGAGGAAACAGACUUUAGGCAUCAGUUUUCCACCACAGGUCAUCUCACAAAUAAACCAAUGAAAAUGAUACCAGAAGAAGAUAAAUGGAAGUAUUUUUAAUGAACAGGAAGGAUUAAUAAGCAUCUGGCUAAAACAUUUACUUAUUUUUUCUGUUUUUAAAAAUAUUAAAUGUUCACUGCAGAAAUUUAUGAAAAGAAAAAUAUAUAAAGAAAAUUAAAAUCA